AUGGAUCCCACUAAAACUACAGAGGAUUCACCAUGUGAAACCCAGUUACUAAAAUUCUCCCAAAACUUGUCAAAUUGCCACCUGGUUCCUGUAAAAGUCAACCAACUGAAAAUUCAGAAGAUUGAAGCCAACCAAUGGAUAGUACUGAGUCCAGAACAUACUGUGGCAGCUCAAAAAUGCGACAACCAGAACGAGAAGAUACCCUUAAAAGGAACAUAUCUAAUUGAACUCCCUCCUAAUUGUGAAAUCGAAAUAAAUAACAUUUAUUUGAGAAACCUUAAUAGUAUUAAACGUCAAUUCAAAAAUAUUAACUUUCCCAAAUUAAAUUUUGAAUUAUUAAAAGAUAAAAUUGUCACUAAUAUCAAACCUAUCAAAUUAGAUGAUAUAAACUUAAAUGAAAUCAAUUCAGUCAAGAACGCAUUAGAAAUCGAAGAAAAGAAGAUCAACCAAAUCGAAGAACAAGCAAUCAACUUCAAUACUAUUAAUGGCUGGACAAUAAUAACUUAUCUAAUAAUUUUUAAAGUUGUCAAAAUUAGUCAAUGCUUAAAAAUGGCUUUUAGAUUGCAAAUUCAGUGUUUUAUAUGUGAAGUGGAGGGUAAUCCCAGACAGAUGGCCAUCCUAAGGCAAAAUGAUAACCAAAAAGUGAAUAUUGCCAAGAGGCGAAGAGAAGAACUUUCACUACCGGCGGCAAUGGAAGUGAAUGGUAAUAAUAGUCGUCUAUGCCUAAAUUGCAAUAGAAGCAUUUUAGAGGAAAUUCAUGCCUAUGAAGAGGACGCCGAUCCAACGAUAAUGAAUCUACCUUUAAAAUAUAGUGCACAUCAAUGUCUUAUUUGCGAAAAUCCUGAAAACAUUCAACAAUUAUCGCUAGAAACAAGAGUUUCAACCUUUAUACAAAAAGGUAUAUACAUACCCAGCAUCUGUAGGAUUUGUCCUGUUCAUCUGGACGAUAAUGGUUUUUUACUUUAUCCCGUACAAAAUGGAAUUCGAUCCCUUAGAAGGCCUUACGAAUUAAAAGGAAGAGAGCUUUCUUCUUUCAUGUCCAAAAUGCAAGAAAGACAAAAAGAUGAUUUGCCAAAACCAAGAGCAAAUUUGGAUUUAAGACAACAGAAUUAUAGUUUUUUCUGA